UUCAAAUAUCUUCUGAGCUCUGACCCUGUCUAUCCCCUUUAUCCUAUACUCACACUCUCAAACACCACAUCAAAUGGCGGCUCUAUUAAGAACAACUUUCUUCCUCCUUAAACCCAUUCCCAAACACCCCCUUUCAUCUCUCUCCCUCUUCCAUUCCCGAACCCUCAAAACCCAUACCCGCAAAUUCUCUUCACAAUCUCACACCACCACUCGCCCAAACGUAAUCACAAUUCUUGAACAAAGAGGCUUACUUGAAUCUGUAACAAACGAAACCCUUAAAUCCAUUUGCACCCAAAAACUCCUCAAAGUAUAUUGUGGGUUUGACCCAACAGCCGAAAGUCUUCACCUUGGUAACCUCAUUGGUCUGAUUGUUUUGUCUUGGUUCUUGAAAUGUGGUCACAAUGUUGUUGCCCUUGUCGGCGGCGCCACUGGCCGUGUCGGUGACCCGUCUGGUAAGUCCCUUGAAAGGCCUGAACUUGAUGUUGAAAUUCUUGAAAAAAAUAUUAGUGGUAUUAAUGAUAUUAUUGUUAAGAUAUUGAAUAAUGAUGUUGUUGUUUUGAAUAAUUAUGAUUGGUGGAAAGAUGUUAAAUUGUUGGAUUUUUUAAAAGAUGUUGGUAAGUUUGCUAGGGUUAAUACUAUGAUGGCUAAAGAAAGCGUUAAAAGACGGUUGGAAUCGAGUGAUCAGGGUUUGAGUUAUACCGAGUUUACGUAUCAGUUGUUACAAGGUUAUGAUUUUGUGCAUUUGUUUAGGAAUGAGAAUGUGAGUGUACAAAUUGGUGGGUCGGAUCAAUGGGGUAAUAUUACGGCUGGGACGGAUUUGAUUAGGAAGUUAUGCGAUGCGGAUGGAGUGGAUGGUGUGGGUGGAGUGUAUGGUGUGACGUUUCCGUUGUUGUUGAAGUCUGACGGGACGAAGUUUGGGAAGUCUGAAGAUGGGGCGGUUUGGUUGUCUGCAAAGAUGUUGUCGCCGUAUAAGUUUUAUCAGUAUUUCUUUUCGGUUCCUGAUGCAGAUGUGGUGAGGUUUUUGAAGAUAUUGACAUUUUUGAGCUUGGAUGAGAUAAAUGAAAUUGAAAUGGAGAUGAAGAGAGAUGGGUAUCUGCCGAAUUCGGCUCAGAGGCGGUUGGCAGAAGAGGUGACACGUUUUGUUCAUGGGGUUGAUGGUUUGGAGGAAGCUAUAAAAGCGACUGAAGCUUUGAGACCGGGUUCUGAGACGCGGUUAGAUUGGAAGACGAUUGAGGGGAUUGCAGAGGAUGUGCCGUCGUGCUCUUUGGCUUAUGAUGACGUUUUGAACGUUGGGGUUGUUGAUUUGUCGGUUUCUACAGGUUUGAUUGAGAGUAAGGGGGCUGCUAGGAGGUUAUUAAAGCAAGGCGGGUUGUAUUUAAAUAAUGUGAGAGUUGAUAAUGAGGGGAAAAAACUUGAGGCUGAUGAUAUUGUGGAUGGAAAAGUUUUGCUGUUGUCUGCUGGAAAGAAGAACAAAAUGGUUGUAAGAAUAGCUUGAUAUGCAUACUUUGUUAGUAUUUCUUUCAUUUUUUCGACAGUUAAUUGAUAAUUAUUAUAUGGAUUUACAUAUUGGAAAGAUGUAUUAUGCAAUGCUCUGAGAGGUUUUCGAGUUGAACUUAUAGAGAAAGAAGAGAUCAUUUUCAUGUGUUAAAAGUUUGUGUACAUGUUUCUAAUCUGUGUUAUGAAAUUUGGAUUUUCAAUUAGUCAACUGUAAUAUUGGCUUAUUGCAAA